AUUAUUUUCAAUCUAAUAGAUCAGUAGACGUUUAAUCAUUCCGUGUGUUAGAAGGAAUAUAAUAUUUUUAAUUUUUAUAUUUUUCUUACGGUACGCAUUCAGAAACUGUGAUUAUUUCUAGAAAAUAAAAAAUUUUUUUUACAUAAAUGAAUACAAUUACACAACACAGAAAAUGUCGAACGUAAAUGAAAAUAAAGAUAAGAUUAUUACUAACCACUUCCAAGAAUCCUCAACAUUUUCACUAUUACAACAAAAUAUAAGUGAAGACAAAUUUAAAGAAUCCCUAUCUCCAUGUUUAAAAACUGCAAAUGAACAACUUAAACUACACUUAAAUAGUAAUUACGGAUUUUCUAAUAUUGAUGAAUAUAAUUCUUAUGUUUUACCACCAAAAGCAUCUUUAGAAACUAGUCAACCAAGCAUCAUACCAUCUAAAGAAAAUAUUGAUUUUUCAUCUGAAAAUGUUUCAAGUUCUCUAAAUAGUUUAAUAAUUAUGGAAACCUCGAAUUUGUCAUCAAAUAAACCUAUGAUAAAGAAAACUAUGGAUACUAAAGAAAAUUUUUCUACAUCUCGUUCAGAAGAUUUAUUAUUAUAUGAAUAUGAACCUAUAAAGUGGCAUUGGUUCUAUUGCAAAUAUCCUGAUAAAAAUAUUUGGAUUCCAUUUAGCCAAAAAGAUUCAGAUGCUAUUGAAUUAGCUUUUACGUCCAAUGAUCAAUGUAAUGAAUCUAUAAUACCAACAGAUGGAAGUCGAUUUGACGUUUACUUAAAUCAAAGAAUUCGUAAACCUGUUUAUUGGUCUGAUAAACCAAAUAGUGUACGGCGGUGUUCAUGGUUUCUUCGUAAUCGAAGUGGUUUUAAUUUUAUUCCAUAUGAAGAAAUAAUAGCUUCAAUUUUAGAAGUAGAAUAUAAAGCAGCAUGGGUAACUAAUGAAUGGGGACGCAGAAUUCCAGUUGGUGAUUAUGAAGAAGUUAUUUUACAUAGUCCUACUGCUAUAACACAUAGUGGAAUAUCUAUAACACUUUUAAAUAAUAGUGAUGAAACUCAAAUUUAUCAACAGAUAGAUCAAACAAAUUCUUCAUUAAAACAAUGCAUAGUAAAGCGAGGAUUUGAAGAAUUUGAAAUUCCUAGAGAUGAGCCAUCAAAAGUGGACCAUUUAUUAUUUAUGAUUCAUGGCAUUGGGUCCUAUUGUGAUUUAAAAAUGAGACCAAUUUAUGAAGUUGUGGAUGAUUUUCGAAGUUUGGCUCUUCAAUUAACGCAAUCUCAUUUCAAAACAGCUUGUCAAACAGAAAAAAUUGGUAGAAUUGAAGUAUUACCUGUGUCAUGGCAUUUUGCUUUACAUACCGAAAAUAUUGAUUGCAAGCUUAAAAGUAUUACUUUACCGUCUAUCCCUAAGCUCAGGCAAUUUAACAAUGACACAAUAUUAGAUGUUUUGUUUUAUACUAGUCCUACAUUUUGUCAAACUAUAAUAAAUGCCGUGGGAAAUGAAAUGAAUCGCAUGUAUGGCUUGUAUUUAUUAAGAAAUCCCAAUUUUAAUGGGCAUGUUUCAAUAGGUGGUCAUAGUCUUGGAUCAUUAAUUUCAUUUGAUCUACUAUGUAAUCAACAAACCCCUAAUUCAACAGUACAUUCUGAAUCACCAGUAGUUCCAACAAUUAAUGAACAAAAAGCCAAGUUAAGUCGUGGGGAAUCAUAUGUAACAUUAGGAAAAGCUGGUACAGGGCAACCAUACAUUACAUAUCCCCAGCUCAAGUUUCAACUUGAUUAUUUUUUUGGUUUUGGAUCACCUAUUGGUAUGUUUGUAACAGUUCGAGGAAUAGAAAGUUUAGGAGAUAGUUUUAAAUUUCCAACUUGCCCAGGAUUUCUAAAUAUUUUUCAUCCAUAUGACCCAAUUGCUUAUCGAAUUGAACCAUUAAUCAAUGCUACUUUUGAAAAUAUACCACCUUUUCAAGUACCACAUCACAAAGGCCGUAAAAGAAUGCAUUUAGAACUAAAAGAUACUAUGGCACAUGUUGGAGCUGCUCUGAAAACUCAUCUUUUUAAUUCUGUAAAGAAUACUUGGAAUACUGUUUACCAGUUAGCUAUGUUUACUAAAGUAACUUCAGGACAUUCAAUAGAAUAUGGCUCUAGUGAAAAAUUAGAUAAACCACAAUCUCAAGGAGAUAUUACAAGUAAUUCAAAUCCUGAAACUUCUCAAGGAAUUGACAAUAAACCUGGUAUUUUAAAUAAAGGAAAUAGAAUUGACCAUGUCUUGCAAGAAGCUCCAAUAGAAAGUUUUAAUGAAUAUUUAUUUGCUGGAGUCAGUCAUUUAUGUUAUUGGGAAUCACAAGAUACAAUUUUGUUAGUCUUGAAAGAAUUGUAUUCAAUUAUGGGUGUAACACCAGAUAGUCAAGUUCAGCAUGCGAUCCUCCCAUUUGAUAUAAAUGAUGGAGAUAAUUCUAAUCAUCCAAUUAGUAUGCAAUUUGAAGAACCACCUGGAUUUAACAUGUCAUAUGGAUCAAUAUCAUCACUUUAUGAUGAUAAAAGAUAACCAUAAAAAUUACUCAUAAACAAUGAAUUAUUUAGUAAGGAUGUUAAAAAUUAAUUUUGUGUAUCAAUGCUGUUCAACAUUUUUUUUUGCAAUUAUAAAAUGCAAGU